AUGCAAAGAGAAGGGUCAUAUAACCGUGCCCAGCAGCCCACCGCUCCUCAAACCGACAAGGAGAACGAUCCGCGCACACCCGUAACCACGAUUGACACCGAUAUCACCAAUGUGAACGUGUGCAUCACGAACAUCGAUAUCUGCGAGAUGCCACGUCACGCCGAAUCGCAGGACAUGCCGCUCAACGCGAACACCCGCCCGUGCAAUAACGAAUGCGGUGCCGCAAACGUACCCGCCCUCAGGUCGGCUCGCGUGUACCCUGGCCUUGUUGGACAAGAGUUCGUCAUGGAGUUGGCAGUUACGCCCAGUUCCAUGGUGAUUCCCCCGGCUCAUGCCGCCGAUGGCAGUGUUUGCGGCGCGUCUACUGCGGCGCAUGCAGAUGCACCCAUCUACGCCGCACCACAGCUUGGCGUGCACGGGUAUGCAUAUGCGGGGCACCUUGGGAUGCCCGUUGUCGAUCCGCUUGCGCUGGGAGGUAGAACACGAUCUCAGAUUAGUGGUCGGGACUAUCAACUAAGUCUUCAAUCUCAAGAUGCAGGACCUCGUUAA